AGCCUAAGUAAUAUCGUCAAAUUUAUGCUCUUUCGAAUGCCGCCUACCUACCAGGUUUCGCCAUGUGAGGGCCAAAAGCCGAAGUUGAAGUAAAAGCAAAGCAACUGACUGACACCAUGGAGUGUCAAGGCGCAGAUCUGCUUCAUGUUCUGCUCUGCUGCUCAGAGCGUGCAGCUCAUCUAGCCAGAGUCUGUCGCCAGUCCACCAUCUUCCAAGAUGUGGUCGAGGGAAAGGCAGACAUCAUCAAGAAUAAAACUGUCAUGCAGGACUUUAAGACUGUUGCAGAUGUCAUGGUGCAAGCCAUGGUUCAGCAUUACAUCAGUGCUGAGUAUCCAGCACUGGGUGGCCAUGUUCUCGGCGAGGAGAGCUGCCAGUUUACCACUGUGAACGGAACUUGCCUUGACCUCGGUGUGCAGCCCACAGAGCAAGAAACGGCAGAGCUUCUUGAACAGGCUAUGCGGGGCGCCGAUGCGUCGACGGCCGCCAGGAUGGCGUCGGUAGUUCACGGCCCGCCGCCAGAUGUCGGGCCGGUCGCCGCCGAGGCCUGCCGCCGUCUGGAGGGGACCUCACUGCCGCUGGAGGACCUCGCUGUGUGGAUCGACCCGAUCGACUGUACCUCGGAGUAUGUGCGCGGCGCGCCCGCCUAUACGGAUGACGUCACCCGUCUAGUGACGUCAGGCCUGCCGGCCGUUACCGUCCUGGUGGGCGUGUUCCGACGCUCGUCCGGCCGGCCGGUGAUGGGAGUGGUCACUCAGCCGUUCGGAAACCAGAACAGUGACGGGACGUGGAGCUCCGCCCAGUACUGGGGCGUCUGUCACGGUGACCUGCGCCUCUCCAACCUGCCCCCGUCGUCACCCGCCGCUGCCCCGUCCUCCGUGGUGAUGACGUCACGUUCAGAGCGUGAUGACGUCAUCAGUUCUCUGCGCUCUGCCGGGCUGCAGCCGAUGGCGGCCUCCGGGGCCGGAUACAAACUGCUCCAGGUAGCGCUAGGCUCGGCGCUCGGUUUUGUGGUGUCGCUGUCGUCGACUUUUCUCUGGGACACCUGCGCCCCUGACGCGCUCCUGCAGGCUGUCGGCGGCUCGCUGGUGUUCAAGGACGGUAAAACUAUCAGGUAUGACCGAACGGUGGCCGACAGCCGAAACUCCGGCUGUCUGCUGGCUGCCCGUGACGAGGAGUCCCUGAAGCGUCUGACCGUCGCCCUGGCGACCUGUCCUGACGUGCUAUAAGGCGGGCCCGCACUGCGGUUAGAAGGGGCGGGGAUCAGUGGGGUGGCAGACGGGGCAGGGGGGGGGGGUAGGUAUCGUCUAGUGGUGUUUUUGUGUAAUGUGAACCGAGUACUGAGAUGUCUUGCAUUUCCUAGAUCCAGUAUAUGGUCAAUUGAGAUCGUUUGCUGGCUAUUUAAUUAUUAAGUUCCUGCCUAGUCAAUAUAACAUGGAGUGAAUGACAUUUAUCGGCAAGGCAGUUUAUCGUGAUGCAAUUAUCACCAGUAUUAGAGGCUCAGUGCUUCUCCCAAAGAGUAUAUAAUGGCCGUAGAGUCUAUGACAUUCAGGUUUGUUAAUGACCUAUCGUGAUAAUCUAAGUUUACUCCUUAUUUUGGUAACUUUUGAAUGAACCAUACUAUAUCAAUCUAAUCGGCCUGGUGUUUGCUUAUGAUUUUACUGUAGGCUGACUUUUUAAGCACUUAAUACUGAUGUUAGAACUAGACGAAGACCGUAGCGUCAAUGCCAAUGGAGUCGUGGGCUUUGAUCAACUAGUUCAAGGGCGUGGUAUCUGGCCUUUAUGAAUUUAAUUGUGAAUGAUAUAGAUUCAAAUGAGAUUUUACCCUUUCGUGGUGUUCAUAUGUUGUACCGCACCUAAUAUACCAUAUUAUGAUA